UUGUACAGAGAACCCCUGCGAAGUACCUCCGUAGUACUUAAGACUCUUGCCGUUAGGGCCAGAACAUCCAGAGCCAGAGCCAAAGACCGGCCCAGGCCACGUGCUACUCCCGCUCUCAAAUGCAAGGAGAAGUAAAGUCUGGUCCGGAAGACUACCUACCUCCUUGUUAACCUCUUUCCGCAAGUAUUCCAUGCAAACAUAUUUCUCGCUCCUCCCUGCCAUCUCUCCGAGCCUGCUUGCGUCUUCAAAUUGGCCCCCGGGGGUUCGUGUCUAUCGCUAGAGACAAAGGUCUUGAUGUAUCACAAUAAUACCUCGUCCGCAGCCUCUUCUAAGUUGGACCCCUAGCAAACCAGCGUUCAAUAUGAAGUUCGCCCGUCAAUUCAGAGCCGAGUUGAUCGAGCAAGGGUUCCCUCAGCACUGGGUGGAAUCUGCAGUUCCGUACGGACAGCUAAAAAAAGUUAUCAAGAAGGUUACUCUUGAACUGAAGGAACUUGGUUUGGACAUCACGGCUUUCGCUCAACUGGCCCCCGAGUGUGGCCAAGAAUCUCAGAAUAUCGGAGGCAGCGACCGUAGAGGCAGUGGCAGCGGCGCUGUGACUUUUCAGUAUGAUUUUGAUGGUGGCAAGAGAGAAUUUCGUCCCAAACUCACCCUGUUCUUCGCAGAUGACUUGGCUGUAGAUGCUGCGUUAUCACCUGACACGAGGUCCUUUUUGGAGAAACGAUUGUUCAAGCAAGGAGGUCCUAAGGACUAUGCGGAGAAUACCAGCCAGGAUCUUAAUCAGGAAGGCUCAGAGCUUCCCCAGUUGCCCAAUCAACUUGAUAGACCCAUUUCUUCUGAGCAGAAUAUCCCGUCGAAGGAUGGGCCAGUUCUCCGGAAAAUAGAGAUACCCCUUACCUUUGAUGCUGAGUUUUUUGAGCUACUUCAAGAAGAUGUCACAAAUCUCGAUAGCCUCCAAGCUGGGGAGCAAAGGGCCAUGGCUGAUGAGAUCGUCGCGCUUUCGAAUGAAAUCACCCUUCUGACUAAACCCUCUAAGUUCAGCAAGACAGAUAUGUAUCGAUGGAGAGAAUUAUUCGACAUCUAUUUGCAGGCCGGGAUAUUCUUCUCGACGAAUGAGCUUGAUCAUGGCAGUCGGGAAAGCACCACUGCCGCAAGACAGCUAGAUUGGUUUCAAGGUGAAGUCAAUCGACGAGGGCUUGUAACUGCUUUCAAGUUACCUGCUAGCCGCCAGGCGCUGGAUCGAUUCGUCAAGAUCAAUAUCACCCUUCUACGAAACUUGAGGUUCCAAGAAAUCAACCAAAAAGCGAUCGGAAAGAUCUUAAAGAAAUUCGAUAAGAGGACGAACCUUGGAGCGACCAGAGCGUUCCCCAAACUCAUCCAGUCCGACCCGAUAAUGUCAGAGACUAUGGCGAAGGCCGUCUGCUCCCAGGUGACGCAAGAUAUCGUCGGGAUCACACCGCAACUCGAUGAUUACUUAUGCCCUAUCUGUUUCACUAUAUCUUGGAGGCCUAUACGGAUGAAAUGCCAGCAUAUCUUUUGCAUUCGGUGUACGAUAGUGAUGCAGAGAGAGAGAAGGAGAUUCUGCCCGCUUUGCCGCGGCAACGUUAUUAUGGGAGCUGAUGAGGAUAGCGUUGACGCAGACCUUGCAAGGUUCCUGAAGAAGUAUUUCCCCAAGGAGACGAGGCAAAAGCAGAUCGAGCUGGAAACGGCUGCGGGGAUCGAGCAGUUUGGGAUUUACUAUAAGCACCCUUCGGAAUCGAGGUGCACUGUGAUGUAGCCAUGUAGCAUUGGCGAGUGUGCGAAAGGCAUAACAUGUUUAUGAUACCCCCUGUAUUAUACUUCUUACCUAGUAAACACCUGUGUUCAAGAGCAAGGUACCUGGGUUACCUAGUAAUGAAGAUGAGUCGUAUCCGACAAACUGGAAACCGC